AUGUCGCCGCCCACACCUUUUCGCGUCCUGGUCUUUUCCAAGACGGCUGGCGGCCGCCACGAGUGUAUCCCAGCCGGCAUCGCCAUGUUUCAGCGACUGGCCGAGACGUCACAGGCGGCAGUUGGUGCCGGCACCGGAGUGCCAUUCGAGGUGGACGCCUCAGAGGACGCCGAGACCGCCUUCACGACGGCCAGCUUGGACCGGUAUCGCGUCGUGGUGCUGCUACAAACCACAGGCGACUAUCUCGACGCCACGCAGCUCGCUGCACUGCAGGCAUACGUCAAUGCAGGCCGCGGUGGUAUUGUCGCGAUCCAUGCGGCUGCGGUCGGCAUGAAGUCGCGCCUCGUCGACACCGACGGCUGGUACGGUCGUCUCUUGGGCGCCGUUUUCGUCGGGCACCCAGCGCCGCAGUUGGGUCGCGUCGUUAUCAAGGACCGCAGCCAUCCGACAGUGGCCGCGCUUCUGCCACAGCUGUCGGCCACCGAAGCUUCUGUGCCGGAGCCGUCCUUCUCUGCUUUUGACGAGUGGUACAACUUUGAGCUCGAUUCAUGUGCCGUCGUCGCCGCGAGCACGAUGGCUUUUCCAAAAGCACCCAGACCGGCGGCUGUUGACGUCCCCAACAUUCUGCUCAGCAUCGAUGAGACGACCUAUGAGGGCGGCAAGGUCGGCGAAAACCAUCCCAUCGCGUGGUGGCAGACGUUUGGGAACACAGGCACGCGCGUGUUCUACACAGCGAUGGGGCAUUUCGCCCAUUCCUACGAAGAUGACGUCUUCGUUCAACACCUGCACGACGCCCUUUUGUGGACGGCCAAGAUCCUGUAA